AUGAAGAUGAAGGUGAAGGUGGUGAUGCGGAAGCUAGUGAAACCAUGUAAGCCUACUCCGCCACAUCUCGGCCACUACAAAAUCUCUCUUUUAGACCAAAUCAACCCGGCCGUCAAUCACUCUAGAAUCCUCUAUUAUUCAUGUAAUGAUGGAAAAUCAAAAUGUGUUUUGCUCGAAGAAUCAAUGGCUCAAAUUCUGUCCAACUUCUACCCACUAGCAGGGAGGUUCAACAAGGAGAAACAACACGUGGAUUGCAACGACCAAGGCGCUCUCUUUUCGACCGCUCAAGUCAAUGCGGAUCUCUCUCUCAUCCUGACCAGCCACGUGGAUCCCCAGCACCAGAACCACCUACUCCCAGUAGACGCUUCUGCUGCUGAUGGGCCCACCCAUCCAAUCCUCGCCGUCCAAAUCAACAAGUUUCAAUGCGGGGGUUUGGCCAUCGCUGUAUGCCUUUCGGUCGUCGAUUCUGCCUCCUUCUCCUCAUUCCUCGCGGCCUGGGCCACGGCCGCAGAGACCACCGGAAAACUACUAAUUCAGCCCUAUUUCGACCACCACUCCUACUUCCCCGCCGAGAAUCCUCCUCCCCACGACGACGGACCUAACGAAAACAUCAUCGCCGAGCGCUACGACAGCAAAGCCAUAAAGAAACUCCGUCAGCGCCUCACAACGUCCGAGCCCCCUCUCUCAAGGGUGGUCGCCAUCUCCACCUUCCUCGUCCAGGCCCUCCUCCGCCGGGAGCCCCGAGCCGCCCUCGUGGGGCAGCUCAUCAAUAUUCGGGAAAGAACUGUCCCGCCCGUGCCAAAGCACGCUUUUGGCACGUGGCUUUCCGGUUCUUUCCUCGACAUAGCCGCAGAAGACGCUGAAGGCGGGAAUUUUCCUGCCUUGGCGUCACGGAUCCGCGACUGCGCGCGGGUGCUCGGGGACAAGGAGUUUGGGCGGAAAUUGCUGGUCGACAAUUUCUUGGAUGCUAGCAAGAAAGGCGAAACCGACGAUUGUAAGGUGAUAUGGUGUACGGAUUUCUCAAAAUUUGGCGAUUACGAGCUGGAUUUUGGGUUCGGAAAGCCCGACUGGGUGAGCGUAGGGGUAAUGCCGCUCAUGGAUUAUGUAAUUAUGCUAAACAACAGAAGCAACGACGGUAUUGAAGCGUGGGUGUGUUUGCAAGAAUGUGACAUGCAAUUUUUCCGACAGGAUAAAGAGAUUCUCCGGCUCAGUGCAGGAAAAGAUGUACAUACUGUUAGAGAAGAUGGCAAAGGUGAUCCGGCCACUGUGUGCAAUGUGAAGUUGUCGAGUCUUGAUGAGCAAUGCGUGAGUGCAGCAUGUGGUGCACGAGAGAAACCAAUCAACAAUCUCACACGAGCUGAACUUGUGAAUGUGCCAAAGGUGACAACUAAGGUGGAGGACCACCCUUGUAUUAGGAGAGACGUGUUGAUCAAAGGACUGAAGAAGAAAGAUGUUUUGCAGAGUUAG